AUGAAUUCAAGCUCCCCGAAAUUUCUCUUCAAGCACAAGCCAUUUGUCCUCUUUGUAUCCCUCUUGCUUGCUUUCCUCUUCCAAUCCUGCCACCCCGUAGCCAGAGCUGGGGUAACUAGCGGAGAUGGCGGCGCCGUUUAUGGAAAGCACGGGAAUUGCGUCGCUUUUGACGAUGAAUGCGGACGUGAAGAGACAAAUUCUGCAGUCGCAAGCGGGGAAUCCGGCACGUCACGCGUAAUUUCACGCUCAGAGACGUGCCGCGAUGAUAAUGGGGACCUCAGAGAGGCGGAAGCGCGCGCGGUGGCAGCGGAGAAGCGCGCGCAGCUCGCGGAGGGCCGCGCGGAGGAUCUCAACGCGGAGCUCCGCGGGGCAUUGAGGGACGUGGCGCGACUGGAAAACGCGAUCACAGAGAUGGAGGAGCAGCUAGCAAUGGAGGAGAAGCGGUGUGGGGAGAGGCGGGCGGAGGUGGGGAGGCAGUUGAAGGAGUGCAUUGGUGGGAGGGAGCAAGCCAAGGCACAGCUGCACGAGUGCGGUGAGCAGCAUCUGGGAUUCUGGGCAUCGCAAGCAACACCGCUGCUGGGUUAUUUGUUCCUCUACGCUCAUUCGGUCCGCGCAUCCCAACACAGCAGCACCGCAUUCCACCUCACUGGUUUCUUCCUCCCUCCUCCCUCGGCCCGGUUCCCAGUGUGUAUUAUGACUCCCUGCUUGUCCUCUCACCCCAUCAUGUCUCCUCCCUCUCCUUCUCCCAACCUACUCGCUCCCCUGCAGAAGCCUCCCUGGCAGCAAGGGAAGAGCUGGAGGACUGAGCAAGAUGAGCUGCUGCAGUACAGCUGCACUUGCAGCAUAGCUGCCACAACGGACGAGUCAAUGCGGCUCUGGAAAUUCAUGUGUUAUGGAAGGCUGCCCUGUUGGGCGUGA